GGUGUGACGUGUUAAACUCGGUUAUUAAAUCGUUUUCAUUGAUAGUUCAGUCAGAGUGAGAGCGAACAGCGACAGGACGAGUAUAUGACGCGCGCGUCAGGAACAGUACGCGACAAACAAGUGUAACGUUUCUUGUGCUGUUAAAGUAUUUAUGGAGAGUGUCGCCUUUACCACCAACAGGCAUAGGCUACUUCACGAAGGACUGGAAUUUCAUGCUGCCUCCCAAUUUUCUCGACUGGCCAAACCGUGGACAUAAAUGCCUAGAACAGAGAAGACCAAUGUGAUGCAUCUGCACGAGCGGAAAAUCACUCGACUAAGAUGGGUAAUAAGCAAACGAUAUUUACUGAUGAACAGCUAGACGCCUAUCAGGACUGCACCUUCUUUACACGCAAGGAAAUUCUCCGCUUGCAUGGAAGAUACCACGAGCUGGCUCCACAUUUGGUUCCAAUGGACUACACCAAUGACCCUGAUGUUAAAGUCCCUUUAGCCCUCAUAGUCAACAUGCCGGAACUGAAGGAGAAUCCAUUCAGGAAUCGUAUUGUGGAAUCGUUUUCUGAAGACGGCCAGGGAAACCUCAGCUUCAACGACUUUGUGGACAUGUUUUCGGUUCUCAGCGAAAUGGCUCCCAGAGAACUGAAAGCCAUUUAUGCGUUUAAAAUAUAUGACUUUAAUGUGGAUAAUUACAUCUGCAAGGAGGACUUAGAAAAGACUCUGAACAGGUUAACGAAGGAAGAGCUAACACCAGAGGAGGUUGUUCUGGUGUGUGAGAAGGCCAUCGAGGAGGCCGACCUGGAUGGAGACAACAAACUCUCUUUUGCCGACUUUGAGAACAUGAUCUCAAGGGCUCCUGACUUUUUAAGCACCUUCCAUAUACGAAUCUAGAAUGGCUUCAGUGGAAGACACCAAUGCUGAUGUUCCUUGAACAGACAUAUGAACAGAGGAUAAAUGUCUGCUGUUGGUUUCCUCCAUUUUUGGAUGCACACUUGACAGGAUUACAGACUAAUGCAUAGCUGUUUCUUCACCAAUGAAAAGUUAGGUUCAGAAAUCCCUUGUGUUUUCAGAGAGAGGAAAUGGAAGCUUGUGGCCUUUUGUGGGUUUGACCCAUGCACCUCGUCCUGGAGUAAAACUAAUACGGAUGUAAACCACUUUCAUGGGCUUCUAUCAAUGUCCGUGGCACAUUGGACACAAAUUUAACUUACUCUUCCACUUCUAAAACUCUUAUUUGGGAAUCAUGGGACGGUUUUUAUUCAGGAAGCGGCAAACAAACUGGACAAGAUAGUGAGAGAGAGGGCCACAAGCACAUUAUUGGUAUUAGCGCCACUGAGACAGUUUUUUUUCUACAGCUAUGCAAUCUUUGUGUAUAAAAUUUAAAAUGCAUGAAUUAGAUUACGCAACACACUUUUUCCUGUUCCCUAAUGUCCCUACAGCCUCACCAUUUCACAGACUAAAUGCUUAUAGAACUGGAGCAUGACGACAAUCAUAUCUAAAUGUUCUCCAGUUGAAUGAAGGGCUCUUCCAUCAUAUGUUCUCUAAUUUUCUCUGUCAUUUACUCUCCAUGUAUUUGUUCCGCCCGCUGAUCCCUCUGUCCCUUCUGUCCUAACUUGAGGUGUUAGCGUCAAACUGUCUCUUACCCUUUUUCGGUAUUUGAUGUGAUAGAGGGCAUUUGACUUUUAAUAAAGAUUUUCUUUCAAUUGUUAACUGAGUCCAUCUAUUGAUAUUUUGAGGUCAAUGCUUGAAUUUUGGAACAACAUAUAUUAUUUAAAG